CGGCCAGGACUUUGGCUUUGACACGGACGGCGAGCUGGAGCUGUGGCUCUGGUGCUGGGCACCGACGCGGUCCUGGCGGAUCCCGCGUCCGAGCCGGGCGCAGGACUUUUCGCCUAGAUCAACGCAACUGCGGCGACGCCGCAAGUCCUGGUGCAGCCUCAAGACUUGGUGCAGCCACGGCGGCCGGAUUUCGCCGCCGCUGCCGCCUCCGCGCAGCCCUGCAGCUCUUGCCGGCUCCGGGAGAGCGACUCUGAGAGUUUCUCCCGCAGAAAGAGCCGGGACGCGCGGCCCGAGGCAGCCCAGCCACUGACCCACACACGCGCGGGCACCAGGAUUGGAGGCAGGGGGCCCGCGCAGUCCUGGGUUGGGCUCAGACUUCCGAGCCGCAGGUGGAAGGACGCCCCGGGAGAGCAGCGGAGAGGUGGCCAAGUGAAAGGUACUUUUGGACACCCUGGGCAUGGAGAUUUAGUGUUUGUGUUUGGUAACCGUUUCAUUCCCUGCAUCCUGAACCUUCCCUCCUUCUGUGCCAGUAAGGUUGUUGGGCUUCCUCCCUAGCCAGAGAGUUCUUCUGCGGGGGUGAGGCCUUCCCAGGCCACUGACCCUGGCCGGCAUGGGGAGCACGCUGGGCUGCCAUCGCUCCAUACCGCGGGACCCCUCGGACCUGUCCCAUAACCGCAAGUUCAGCGCCGCCUGCAACUUCAGCAACAUCCUGGUCAAUCAGGAGCGGCUCAACAUCAACACGGCCACGGAGGAGGAGCUGAUGACCCUGCCUGGCGUGACCCGUGCGGUGGCUCGCAGCAUCGUGGAGUACCGCGAGUACAUCGGUGGCUUCAAAAAGGUGGAGGACCUGGCGCUGGUCAGCGGCGUGGGUGCCACCAAACUGGAGCAGGUCAAGUUUGAGAUCUGCGUGAGCAGCAAGGGCAGCUCUGCGCAGCACUCUCCCAGCUCCCUGCGGCGGGACCUGUUGGUGGAGCAGCAGCCUCACCACCUUGCCACGGCCGUGCCCCUAACCCCGCGUGUCAACAUCAACACGGCCACCCCGGCUCAGCUGAUGAGCAUUCGCGGCCUCACGGAGAAGAUGGCUGUCAGCAUCGUGGACUACCGCCGCGAGCAUGGGCCCUUCCGCAGCGUGGAGGACCUGGUGAGGAUGGGCGGUAUCAAUGCUGCCUUCCUCGACAGGAUCCGGCAUCAGGUGUUUGCAGAGAGGUCCAGGCCCCCGUCUACCCACACCAAUGGAGGCCUGACCUUCACCGCUAAGCCUCACCCCAGCCCUACCUCACUAAGUCUGCAGAGUGAGGACCUGGACCUGCCACCAGGGGGGCCCACCCAGAUCAUCUCCACCCGCCCUUCCGUGGAGGCCUUCGGAGGCACAAGGGAUGGGCGGCCAGUGCUGAGGCUGGCCACCUGGAACCUGCAGGGCUGCUCAGUGGAGAAGGCCAACAACCCUGGGGUGCGAGAAGUGGUGUGCAUGACACUCUUGGAAAACAGCAUCAAGCUUCUAGCUGUGCAGGAACUACUUGACAGAGAGGCCUUGGAAAAGUUCUGUACGGAGCUAAACCAGCCUGUCCUGCCCAACAUCCGCAAGUGGAAGGGGCCUCGGGGAUGCUGGAAGGCCGUUGUUGCUGAGAUGCCCUCCACUCAGCUCCAGAAGGGGGCCGGGUUCUCUGGAUUCCUGUGGGAUGCUGCAGCCGGGGUAGAGCUGAGAGAUGCCACCUCGCAGGAAAAUUCGCCUGGUAAUGGGCACGGGAAGCCGAUGGGGCCCAGCCUGUACCUUGCGCGGUUCAAGGUGGGAAGUAAUGACUUGACCCUUGUGAACCUUCACCUGGCGGCCUUGACCCUCCCAGGGGGCGAGAAUCCUAGCAGGAAUCACAGUGACAGCCACCGUUUGGCUGGCUUUGUACAGACCUUGCAGGAAACCCUGAAAGGAGAAAAAGACAUGAUUUUUUUAGGGGAUUUUGGCCAGGGUCCUGACAGCAGUGACUAUGAUAUCUUGAGGAAAGAAAAAUUCUACCACCUGGUCCCUGCGCACACCUUCACCAACAUCAGCACCAAGAAUCCCCAAGGCUCAAAGUCUCUGGACAACAUCUGGAUCAGUAAAAGCUUAAAGAAGGUUUUCACAGGUCACUGGGCCGUAGUGAGAGAAGGCCUCACGAACCCUUGGAUUCCAGAUAACUGGUCCUGGGGCGGAGUGGCUUCUGAGCACUGCCCCGUGCUGGCUGAGUUGUACACCGAAAAGGAUUGGAACAAGAAGGAAGGCCCUCGGAACGGCAACGGGGUCCCGUUGGAGCGAAGUGAAGCCCACAUUAAGCACGAGCGAUGAUGGUGCCCAGUCUGUCUCUCCCCCUCUGAGCCUGGAGGGCCCCAGGCGAGGGAGUUCACCCUUCUAGGUGAAGACGCAGAGCCAGAACUGCGGUUUUGGUUUUCAGCUUGACACUAGCCCCUGGGCCUCGACCUGCCUGCCUUCUCUGUGGACGUUCUUGGACCAUCAGAAGCACAGUGGGGAACCGAGAUGUCUUGUAACCUGGGGAUGCCGUCCCCCUCCGCAUACGUGGGCAGGCUGCUGCCCCUGGGUGGCAGCAUGCACAGAACCCUAAUGGGGCUGACGGGGCAAGAGAGGGCGGUCUCAGGCCGCCAGGCCGGGUCUGAGCCAUGCCAGAAGCGCUCGUUUCUGACCACCGGUCCAUGAUGCUCUGGCAGCAGAUUGCAUAAAGCUUUUAACUGUGAGCUGAGCACUCUUCUCAAAUAUUUUGAGUGGUGACUUUUAGUUUUGUUUUGAAAAAAUAAACAGAGAUGAACCUGCCUGGUUGCAGUGAGCGUCCCGGGGGUGGGUUCCCGAGCUGCGGGUGUUCUGUGCCCACUUCCAGUGCCUCUGUGAGGCUGUGGUCCAGGAAGCGUGCUCCUUUACACCCCCCACUUCGCAGAGAUGCCUCUUACACCCCUGUCGAUCCCCUGAGGUCACCAGAAAAUCCUUCUAGGACCUUCUCCCUCCUAGCGUGUCCUUUAUCUUCUGACCCCUUUGCUAGACUGUCUUGUACCUCGAGCACCAUUUGUGCCUCCGGACAUUCAGCAUAGGUCCCCUGGUGCUGGAUUAGAAUUCUCUCAGAAUGAUCCCACUUCCUCCCUCCCUCCCCACCCACUUUCAUCUUCAAUCCGAUUCCUAGCCCAGAGCCGCCGCAUGGUGAUUCUGAGGACGAUCUGUUGAUUCUGGAUCUACAGGAAGCUAAGCCUGGGAGUAUUGAAAGAGGGUUCAUUUUUGUGGGGGUUGGGGGUGGGCAGGGGGACAUGCCCAUGCCAAUGGCCCCUAGAUACCCCCUCCCUUAGCUGGUGUGGUUCUCCCUCAGGUCUCCUGUGAGACCAGAUUAUAACACCCAUUUUACAGCCAAAGAAACCAAGGCUUAAAGAGUGCUUAACCUUCUGCAGGUCACAUAACCGGUAAGUAAAUAGAUGGGAUCCAAACCCAACCCAAAAGCCCAUGCCCACGUGUCCAUUCUCUGCUUGCCAACACCAAUGCCAUGAAAGCAGCAACACUGAUAGUGAAUGUGUGAAUCAUGAGCCUAGAUUAUGAGUUAUUCCAGGUCACCAUGGAAGCUGGGGGUUUAUUCCUCCCUCCACGCUGAAAACGUGGUGUGGACCAGUACCCAGAAACUGUUGUCGCCACACAGUGUGAACCCAGUGGCUUGGGGCUGGGACUACAUGCAGUGAAAGAGGCUUCUUUUCCACCAAAGACCAUCUUUUGGACCACCCAGCUCCAAGGAGCAUCACUGACUGUGGGCCCAGGAGGGAAGUCCUCCGGGCGCUCCAAGGGUGCCUGGGCAUCAGCCGUGCCGCUCCGAGGGACCAUCUCCAGUGGGAGGGAGCCAGUGAGCAGGGCCCCCGGGGCCAUCGCUCCGUUCUGCUGCACCAGCCGCACCCUUUACUGUCCCCAGACUUAGCAGGGGGUGCUCGGAAGAUGUCAAGGGAAGCAAAAUGGGCAUGGCCCUUAAGAGCGGGCUACAUUCUUCGUGUUUCUUUGGAUCUAAGGGUUGGAGUUCUCCCCCAGUGCUCCCGCGCAGAUAACCGUCCCAGUGGAGUGAGAGAGCACCCCGCCCGGCAGAGGUCGCCACCAUCUGGAAUGGGAGGUGACCACUUAAGAUUUAGUGUUUUCUAGGGGUUUGCGGACUGAUGCUGAGAAGGGCUGAAGCUUGUUCACAGGCUACUGCUGGGUCCAAGCCAGGACCUAGUUAACAAAACACUGUUUUCACAAUCAUCUUGGAUGAGUUUGAAGAUGAAGUUAGAAAAUGCUACACCAAAGCUGAAACUGGAUGAUUCUGCUACAAGGAAAUAUGCUUGAGGGGUCAAGAGUGGUCUUCCAAUAUCUGGUUAGUGUUGGCACAAUAUGCCCCAACCCUGCACAGAAUCUACAGGCCACACUCCAGCCAUCAUGACACAUGUGUGCGUGCCUUAAUGCUCCAAAGGGCCUGGCCUGCUACUUACCAAAGGAAAUGAGGGACCCUCAUGUUUUCAAUAACUGCCAAUCCUUUCAAGCGAUCCACAUCUUCAUAAGAGACCUGAAAAAAGGAAGGAAACUUCAAACACAUAGUCUAAAAACAAUCUGAAUCUUAUUUAAUCAUUAAAUCAAGCCUGAGGAAAUGAUGACCUGGUGUGUUGUAGACGACAUGCCACUGGUUUCACUCACCUUCCCCAGGGCGGUCAGAAGAUGAAAGUCAAUGGUCUCUCUGUAUCGGAGGAUUUGCAGGAUACCAUCCAAGUAUACCUGGUCUUUACUGAAGCACCCUGGAGGAAGACAAUAGGUUUUAUUUUCUAAGUAAUUAGAUACUAACACAGUCCCUUUACUGUAGGCUUCAGUCCUGAAUAAAAAUAAAAAUGGCAAAUUA